AUGCGCGUCCUUCGUUUCCGGGUCCCGCAACAACCGCUCCUAAGCGGUGGCGUCGUGUCUGUAGUCAUAACGAACCCAUGGACCGCGCGACAAGUUGCUGGGCUUAACCAAGUCUGGAACGCCCCCAUCCAACGUCCACUGAAUCACUUCCUCCACUCCCGCAUUCUCUCAAUGAAGCUACAACGGAAUUAUAGUCGCGCUUCGUCGAUACAAAUAAAAAGCGAAACGAGCCCUGAAGUGGAUCAACAGACCGUAUCUGGUAGGGUCAAAGACAGCGAUCGCCAAGUGGUCGACGGCCGUGAUCGCCAAGUGGCGCGACAGGCUCGUCGACAGGGCACCGAUAUGACCGAAGGCAUUGGUCGCCAAGUGGUCGGAGGCAGUGAUGGCCAAGCGGUGCAAAGUUUUGGAAUGAAUGAUGCCAUACAGUCCCGAGGGUCGCCCGGAAACAUGCCCAUUGUUCCUGCAAAGAAAUGCCAUCGCCUACGUUUCGACAAGCGAAACAACGACCGAUCGCAAAACAACAAUCGUGAUCACAACACCAAUGACACUCGGCAAAUCUACAAGCACAGGCCAGAAACCAAUACCCACGUCUGGUUUCGCAGGAUGGGACCUUCGCCGCCAUGAGGUUUCGAAAUGAGGGAUGGACCAUGCCUUGACCUGAUCUGUGGCAGUUGCUCGGCCAGGGGGCAUCAUCUCCUGGAUUGUGUUUGGCCCGACGCUCGAGGCGACUUGGUGGGCUGCCCAUUCUGCAACACCAGAGAGCACCUCAUGGACAACUGUCCACAGCAGCCCGAUUUUGGUAACUGUCGUUGAACGUACCUCCUCGUCUUCCGUCGAGUCAACAAGCCGUUGCUUACAACCACGCGCAACUGGCUCCACUAUGCCCAGAUUGCCGAUCGUCAAGCCCGU